AUGCAUGCAUCACCACCAUCAAGUUAUACGACGUUGUCCGGUCCAGGCCUUGUGGUUAUGUUCGGGACGGUGACACCAGAUUGUCCGGUGUCAGAGGAGACGCUGAACGAAUGGCUUGAUGAAGAGUACAUCCCACGGUUGCUCGCCACGCACGCGCUGCGGUCUGCUGCACGGUACAAGGCCGCGAAUCCUCACUUUAGCAGACAGAUCAUGAUCAUUUAUCAGGUCACGAAUCUGUCACUGCUGAAUGACCCCAAAGUGAAGAAUGUCCCUCGGACAAGCAAGCGGUUUCCUACGGACGAUCCUAUAGAAACCUGGGUCCCGUUCGAGAUAAGAGUGUAUUCCUGGGUGCAGAUAUAUACCAGGCAGGUUUACCCGGACGAUGCUGCUACAAAGAUCAUAUAUACAGCCAUCGAGCCUGGAGAAGGCGAAGAAGAGGAAUUGGAUGCCUGGUAUCGUGAGGAGUAUAACCAGCAAAUGUCGGAGCAACCUGGUUGGAUCCGGACCUCGCGGUGGCGUCAUCGUUACACUCGGCUGAGUAGUGGGGAAAUGGUGCAGAGACCCUCCAUUUUGGCCCUACACGAGUUCGCGGAAGGUGAACAGUUGGGCCGAAAUGUGGAACCAUUGCAGCCGAUAACGAACUGGACGAGGAGGGUCAUGGCUCAUGCGAAGGAGAUAGAUGCUGCGAUUUUCAUCAAGCCGAGCGCGACGGAUAAGGCCAUGCCCCCCCAUCCCAGUCCCGUUCAGUCCCGCUCUUAG